CAAUCUUGUCAACUUCUCAUACAUUUUUCUAGUUUCAAUCUUCUCUCCACAAUGGCUGCAUCAUCUCUACUGCUUCCAUUAGUUUCACUGAAUCAACAGCUGUCUCUUGAUUCGUCGUCGUUGAAGCGCUCAUCCUCUUUUUGUUUCGGGGGCCUUAAACAUGGACUUCGACGUCCUAAUCUCGAUAAAUCUAAGGUUUCUAUGAGCGUAUCAGUUGGAUACACCACUGCGAUUGACGAUGCAUUGUUCACCGAUUACAAGCCUACCACCGCUUUCCUUUUCCCUGGUCAGGGUGCACAAGCGGUUGGAAUGGGACGGGAGGCUCUUAAGGUACCAGCUGCCGCAGAGUUGUAUAGUAAGGCUAAUGAAGUCUUAGGGUUUGAUAUAUUAGACGUUUGCAUUAACGGGCCAAAAGAAAAGUUGGAUUCCACUGUUUUCACUCAGCCAGCUAUAUAUGUUACUAGUCUAGCUGCAGUAGAGAUACUACGUGCUCGCGACGGUGGUCAGCAGAUAAUCGAUUCUGUUGACGUUACAUGUGGAUUAAGUUUAGGAGAAUACACCGCUCUUGCAUUUGCUCGAGCUUUUAGCUUUGAGGAUGGUCUCAAGCUGGUCAAACUAAGAGGUCAAGCAAUGCAGGUAGCGGCAGAUGCUGCUAAAGGUGCUAUGGUCAGCAUUAUCGGACUAGAUUCAGAUAAGGUGCAACAACUCUGUGAUGCAGCCAAUGAAGAAGUCGAGGAAGCCGAAAAAGUUCAAAUUGCAAAUUUCUUAUGCAAUGGAAACUAUGCAGUCUCAGGAGGGGUAAAAGGAAUUGAAGUUGUGGAAGCAAAAGCAAAAUCGUUUAAGGCUCGAACUACGGUGCGCCUUGCUGUCGCUGGGGCCGCCCACACCAGAUUCAUGGAUCCAGCUUUAUCGCAACUGGAGUCCGCUUUGUCAGCAACCGAAAUCAAAACUCCAAGAAUACCAGUUAUAUCUAAUGUUGAUGCACAACCACAUGCUGACCCCGAGACAAUCAAGAAAAUCUUGGCUCGCCAGGUUACAUCACCGGUUCAGUGGGAGACAACGGUAAAGACACUUUUGUCGAGGGGACUAGUCAAGAGUUACGAACUCGGACCUGGAAAGGUUAUUGCCGGGAUUGUUAAGAGAAUGGAUAAAACAUCGCUAGUUGAGAACAUUAGUGCGUGAACGCGGGCUUGAUUUGUUGCCGUUUUACAAUAAUUGAUGAAAUAAAGCUUUUUGGUAAGAGUAUAUAUAAAGGGAUCAUGGAGCUUAUACAAUGCAAAUCGAUGUAGUGAUCAUAAGCUUUGCUAGUAAUUGUAUUUGGAUCAUGAUGAUUAUAUGCACUUUGAGUGAUGAUUAUUGUGUUUUAUUUUAGAGU